AAUUAUAAAAAAAACAAUAGAAUGUGUAUAAGCCAGAUCGCCUGAUGCGUGAAUCAGAUUCUUGUUUUUCUCACUCCAACAAAACAAUGGACACUCCUCCCUUCUUCUUCUUCUUCUUCCUCAGGAGGGUUUAUUUCACCAGUUUCUCUCUCCUCAUUCUCACUCUCAUCUCAACCUUCAUCACCCAAACCACCUCUCGCGAAAUCCUCCCUUCUUCUUUCCGCACAGACAAUCUCCCCCAAAUUCCUUACUCUCCACACUGCGGUCAACUCAUCCCUGAGUCAACGCCAACUCACCCUCACUUCACCGCCCAAGUACCCACCUUCUACUCCGCCUACGUCACCAAUGGCGACCAAUUCCUGGGUACCACUUCCCAGAUCACCGCAAAUCUCAUCCCUCAGACCGUUUCCAAAACCUCCUCAUCUGGGGUUUUCAAAAUUCAAUCCGUCUUGACUAUCAGGAUCAAUUGGUCUCGGUUUCGUAACCAGAGGAACUUGCUCAGCGUUCAUGGAGGCCCGAGGUUUCGAGGUUCCCGGAGGAAUAUGAGGUUUCAGCUCUCUGGGUUUUGGGAUUCAGCUUCUGGACAGCUUUGUAUGGUGGGAUCAAGCACAAAGCGUGUGAUUGGUGGUAAUUCUUUGCAUUUUGAUGCUGUUUUUAAGUCUCAAUAUCCUAAUAGUACUGUUAUUAAUACUAGCUUGAUUACUGGAACUCUUGAGAGCUUGGAUUCUGAGGGUAGUGAUGUUUAUUUUAAGCCGAUUUCGAUUAUGAGUUUUGCUAAGAUGAACUAUGGUUAUACAUUGAUUAAGGAUGAAAUGGCUGAAGGUGAUGUUGAUGAUAGUGUUAAUAAUAGUAGUAAUAACAAUGAUAAUAGUUUGGUAAAUGGGGUGAGUAAGUUAGGGAAUUGUUAUCAAUUUGCAAGCUUAGAGGAGAAUUUUGAGUUGGAGUAUAAUUGUGAUGAUGGUAGGAAUUGUACUUGGAUUGAUAGGAUUCUUGGGUUCUUGCCUAAGUUCAUGUCAUUAAAUGAAAUUGAUUGUUCCGGGCAAAGGAGGGUUCGGGUUUCAUUUGGUUUUUCGAAUGUUAGUGAUAUUCGGAAUGGUUAUCGCCAACCAUUGGAUCCUAGUAGGACAUUGGUUGCUGAGGGAUUAUGGAAUAUAGGCAAGGGUCAGCUUUUCUUUGCUGCUUGCCGGAUUUUGAAUUUCACGAAAGAUCCAUUGAAUGCUACAAUUGGUGAUUGCUCAGUUAGGGUGAAUUUUACAUUUGCUGAUACUUUGUCCAUUAGAGAUUCGGGUGUGAUUACUGGGGAUAUUUGGAGCACCAAGAGUGUUGAUGAACCGGAUUACUUUGAUAGAAUUGAAAUUAGUGCUUCUGGGUCUAGGAGAGCAGCACUUCCAGACAUGAAAUACAAGUAUACUGAAAUUGACAGAGCGAAGAAAUUUUGUACAGAAAAGAAAGACAGUAAGAAAAAAGGAAAGAGUUUCCCUGAUCCCUAUUCCCAAGAUAUGAAAUUUGACAUGGAAGUGAAAAACAGCAAGGGUAUACGAGCCUGGGGCAAGGCCUAUCCCGUGUAUGUUGGUGAUCGUUUUGUGCAGAAUAUUUAUCCAUAUUUCCAUUCUCGCCUAGUUCCAACUCCAAACUCUGCUGGUAAUAAUAGUUACCAUGGCUUUCUAAAUGUUUCCUAUCGGAUAAUGUUUUCUCCUAAAGCUGAAUUUAAGGUGGGUGGUAGGUUAUUCACUGUGAAUGAUACAAUACGCAUAUCUGCUGAAGGUAUUUAUGAUACUGAUGCGGGACGCCUUUGUAUGGUUGGCUGUUGGAAACUUAAAAAUGAUGUCAGUGCUGCACUAAAUGCCAGUAAACUAGACUGUGAUACUUUUAUCAACAUUCAGUUUCCUCCACGUGAUUCGAAUGUUAAAGAUGUCGCCAAGGGGAGUAUUGAAAGCAAACGUAAAAACUCAGAUCCAUUUUACUUUGACCAUCUUGAUUUUACUGCAACUUCACUCACAAAGUUCCAAGUAAAAAGUGCAUUUUGGAGGAUGGAUUUUGAGAUCGCGUUGGUUUUGAUUUCCAACACUCUAGCAUGCGUCUUUGUGGGAUUGCAGCUAUUCCACGUGAAAAGGAAUCCAAACACCCUUCCAUUCAUUUCAGUUGUAAUGCUCGUUGUAAUCACCUUGGGACAUCUUAUUCCCUUGGUUUUGAAUAUGGAAGCAUUUUUCUUGUCAAGUACUAGCAAGAGAACUGUACUUGUUGGAAGUGGUGGAUGGCUCGAGGUGAAUGAAGUUUUAGUCAGGGUUAUAACCAUGGUAGCAUUUCUUCUGGAGUUCCGUCUCCUACAAUUGACAUGGUCCGCAAGAGGUGGUGGUGAAGAAGAUAGCCAGAAAACCUUAUGGGAAACUGAAAAGAAAGUAAUAUGUUACACUUUGCCUUUAUAUGCAGUAGGGGCUCUGAUUGCUUGGCUUAUACAGUUACUAAGGAGUAGACCUACAAUGCCAUUCCAGCCUAGUAGCUACAUAAACUCAAACCCUUCUCUUCCAUUCUGGCGUGAUAUGAAGUCAUAUGCUGGUUUCAUUCUGGAUGGCUUUCUUCUUCCUCAGAUAAUCUUCAAUGUAUUCUCUGAUUCGAAAGAGAGGGCUCUUGCUGUUCCAUACUAUCUCGGAACUACAGUUGUUCGACUGUUGCCACAUGCUUAUGAUUUGUUCAGGGCUCAUAGUUCGUCAUGGAGCUUUGACCCGUGGUAUAUAUAUGCAGACCCAAGAAUGAAUUUUUAUUCCACUACAUGGGAUAUCCUUGUUACGUGUCUUGGACUGCUGUUUGUCGUUCUUAUCUUCUUGCAGCAGUGGCUUGGUGGAAGGUGGGUUAUUCCGACGCGAUUUAGCAAGACCGUUCAAUAUGAAAAAGUCCCCGUAGGACUAUAGGUUCCAAUAAAGAUGAAGUGGUUAAAGCGCAGCUUUUGGUAGUAGUGCUUCGAAGCAAUUGUGUUCAUAAUUCAUAGCCCCUGUUGUUGGGGAAACAGACGUCCAUUCUUGUUAUGUUACCAAAGGAAAAGUCUGGUAUGAAACUGCUUGAAUGGGAACAAAAUGUUAAGACAGGAGUGAUGUCUUUCAAAUUUUUUGGAUAACGUUCUUACCUCUUGGAAUGUUUUUAUUGUCUCAUAGAAGACUGAGGCAAUUACGGUCUCAUCGAAGACUGGGCAAUGACGGUCUCAUCGAAGACUUGCUCUGUUUAGAUCAAACAGUAUUUGUUAUAAUGGUUGUUAGUAUUAUCACUUCAUCUUCUAGGCUGUGUUUAGCUGGAGGGACUAAUCCUUUUCCAAGAAAACUAAUUCUCCUAUUUUUAUCUGUUUAGCUUCUGUAAUAAAAGCUUCUUAGGGGGCGUUCUGUUCACCUUAAAAAAAUAAGUUUCGGGUCCAAUAAGUACAGAUAAGUUUCAAUAAGUUUGAAUAUUAUUAUUAUUAUUAUUAUUAUUAUUAUUAUUAAUUUAUAUUUAUUAUUAUUAUUAUUAUUA